AUGUCAAGCUAUCAUGGCGUCUCGUCGAAGCCGCGAAAGGUCAAACCAAUCCUGAAGAAGUUCUCGCAGAGUGAAAAGAACUCGUUGGAUCUGGAUCGACCAGUGUCCGAGCAGGAUAGCUUCAGUAUUGGUGCAGGACCGUAUGAAUACACGUAUGGAACGGGCCCGCGAAGCUCUCACGAUAUCGUGUUUGCAAACGGAAGGAGGGGUUAUCAUAAUCGCUCGACCAGCGGGACUUCCCAAUUCUCGACGGCAACCACAGCCAGCGGUCAUCGAACCGGUUCCUUCGUGCAUCCCUUUCAGCAAACUCCACGACCAUUCACGCCCCCGCACUCCCUCGCAGCGUCAUAUCAAAACUCAUUACGUGAAAGUGAACACUCCAGUCCCACCUUGACUGAAGAUGAAGACCUCGUCCGUCGACCUCCCCUGAUACGCAAUUCCUCCUCAAACCGAUCCUCUUCACUAACCGGCAACGCGCCUGUCGUCACACACCAACCUUUACUCCGCUUGCAAACUAAGCAAUCGACGUCACGACUGGCACUUGCAACCUCAACCACCUCCCUAAACAACGUAUCUACGUUAAGUCCGGAUUACUCCUCACCUAUUGAAACCAUGUCGCCCUCGUCCCUCCGGACCUCGAUUGAUAAAGGCUUCCGCAUACGCAGCCAUUCGGGGGUCGAUUCACAUAUGCGCCAGGAAACGAUACAAGAGGCACGCCGGAAGUUUCAAGAAAAGGAACAAGCCAAGGAGGAAAAGGCUGCAAGAGAGGAAGUACGUGUUAUGGAGAAAAGAAAUCAAAAGGAGGCCAGAGAAAUGGAGAGAAGACAUCGCCGAUCUUCUGCAAGUGAGGGCACUCGAUCAAAGAGAUCCAAGUCCGAUCUGACUCUCACAGGUGGCAAUGAAAAGGUGGGCAAUAUGUUUGGUCGGGAUUACAAUAGUUUCCAUGGUCAAAACCCACCAUACAUGGCAGAAGGAUUGGAAGAUGCACCAAGACGUGCAAGAAAGGAGAGCACCAAAAAGAAGACACAUAGUGCCUGGACCAAACUGAUGAUGUGGCUACGAACCCGAUUCAUGAGAUUGGGUAGGAGUUAG